AUGGCGCCCAUCUUUAGAAAUUACCGGUUCGCUAUCGGUGCUUUUGCCGUUAUUAUGCUCAUUUUGUUGAUUAAAACAUCUUCCAUCGGUCCACCUUCUAUUGCACGUACAGUUACUCCUAAUGCUAGUAUUCCCAAAACUCCGGAGGACAUCUCUAUCUUGCCCGUCAAUGAUGAACCAGGUUACCUUCAAGAUUCGAAGACUGAACAAAACUAUCCUGAGCUUGCCGAUGCUGUGAAGUCACAAACAAGUCAAACAUGCAGCGAAGAACAUAAGUAUGUUAUCAUGAUCGAUGCCGGCUCUACCGGUUCCCGAGUACAUAUAUACAAGUUUGACGUCUGUACUUCCCCACCUACAUUACUUGAUGAAAAAUUCGACAUGUUAGAGCCUGGUUUAUCUUCUUUCGAUACCGAUUCCGUUGGUGCCGCUAACUCCCUUGACCCAUUACUGAAAGUAGCAAUGAACUAUGUCCCUAUUAAGGCAAGAAGUUGUACUCCCGUUGCGGUGAAAGCUACUGCAGGCCUAAGACUCUUGGGUGAUGCCAAAUCUUCAAAAAUUUUGAGCGCUGUAAGGGAUCAUUUGGAGAAGGACUAUCCUUUCCCAGUUGUCGAAGGUGAUGGUGUUUCCAUCAUGGGCGGUGAUGAAGAAGGUGUCUUCGCCUGGAUUACUACAAACUACCUAUUAGGUAAUAUCGGUGCUAAUGGCCCCAAGUUACCUACUGCUGCCGUUUUUGACUUAGGCGGAGGGUCUACACAAAUUGUUUUUGAGCCUACUUUCCCAAUAAAUGAAAAAAUGGUCGAUGGUGAGCAUAAAUUUGAUUUGAAGUUUGGUGAUGAAAAUUACACCUUGUACCAAUUUUCUCAUCUAGGUUACGGUUUGAAGGAAGGAAGAAAUAAAGUUAACUCUGUUCUUGUGGAAAAUGCAUUAAAAGACGGCAAAAUAUUGAAGGGUGAUAACACUAAGACUCAUCAAUUGUCAUCUCCAUGCCUACCGCCUAAAGUUAAUGCCACAAAUGAAAAGGUUACAUUAGAAUCCAAGGAAACUUAUACCAUUGACUUUAUAGGGCCGGACGAGCCAAGUGGUGCACAAUGUAGAUUUCUGACUGAUGAAAUUUUGAAUAAAGAUGCUCAGUGCCAGUCUCCACCAUGCUCUUUCAAUGGGGUUCACCAACCUUCUUUAGUUCGUACAUUCAAAGAAUCGAACGAUAUCUAUAUUUUCUCUUAUUUCUACGACAGAACCCGUCCAUUGGGUAUGCCCUUGUCCUUUACUUUGAAUGAAUUGAACGAUUUGGCAAGAAUAGUGUGUAAAGGCGAAGAAACUUGGAAUAGUGUCUUCAGUGGCAUUGCGGGGUCCCUAGAUGAAUUGGAAAGUGACUCGCACUUCUGUUUGGACUUAUCUUUUCAAGUGUCCUUAUUACAUACGGGAUAUGACAUUCCAUUACAAAGAGAAUUGAGAACUGGAAAGAAAAUUGCCAAUAAAGAAAUCGGUUGGUGUUUAGGUGCGUCAUUACCAUUGUUGAAAGCUGAUAACUGGAAAUGUAAAAUUCAAUCAGCUUGA